AUGCUGAUAAAUAUAUCAUUUACAGGAAUCUUCAUUGUCGGCGCCAAGCGUACCCCAUUCGGCACAUUUGGUGGAGUGUUCCGGAACACAUCAGCUACAGAGUUGCAGACUCUUGCCAUGACUGCAGCGCUGAAGGAGGCUGGUGUUGCCCCUACCCAGGUUGAUUCUGUGGUUGUUGGGCAGGUUAUGUCUGCAACACAAACUGACGGCAUCUACACACCACGACAUGCGGCACUCAAGGCAGGAAUCCCGCAGGACCGGCCAGCACUGGGCAUCAACAGGCUCUGUGGGUCUGGCUUCCAGUCCGUCGUUAAUAGCGCUCAGGACAUCCUAACCGGCGCCGCCAACAUAUCGCUGGCUGGAGGGGUCGAAAAUAUGUCCCAAGCCCCCUUCACAGUCCGAGGGGUCAGGUUCGGCACAGUUCUGGGUUCGAGCCACGCGUUCGAAGACAGUCUCUGGUCAGGUCUGACAGACUCCUAUUGUGGUCUGCCCAUGGGCAUGACUGCUGAGAAAUUGGGAGCCCAAUUUGGUAUUACGAGAGAUGAGGUGGAUAACUUUGCCUUAAAGUCACAGCAACGGUGGAAGACAGCGAACGACGCCGGCGUGUUCAAGUCAGAAAUCGAACCCGUGACGCUCACGAUCAAGAAGAAGGAGGUGAAGGUGGAGGUGGACGAGCACCCGCGCCCGCAGACCACCAUCGAGAGCCUCAAGAAGCUGCCGCCGGUGUUCAAGAAGGAGGGGCUGGUCACCGCGGGGUCGGCGUCUGGUAUAAGCGACGGGGCUGGAGCACUAGUGCUGGCCAGCGAAUCAGCAGCCAAGGGGUUGAAACCCCUCGCCAGGCUCGUGGGCUGGUCGUACGUGGGGGUCGACCCCAGCAUCAUGGGCAUUGGGCCGGUCCCCGCUAUUGAGAACCUGCUGAAGGCCACCAAUUUGACCCUCAACGAUAUUGACCUUAUUGAGAUAAACGAGGCGUUCGUGGCCCAAACGCUGUCAUGCGCAAAGGCGCUGAAGCUGGACGCGGAGAAGCUGAACGUGAACGGCGGCGCCACGGCGCUCGGGCACCCGCUCGGGGCCUCGGGCUCCAGGAUCACGGCGCAUCUGGUGCAUGAGCUCAGACGUCGCGGUCUCAAGCGAGGUAUCGGUUCAGCUUGCAUCGGUGGAGGACAAGGCAUCGCCCUCCUUAUUGAAACUGUUUAAAUAUAUAUAAAUAUAUAAAAAAUAUAUAUAUUUUGUAAUACCUUAUAUGCAGAUCGAGAACUGAAAUCUUUUUAUACUCUGCUAUACUUAUGUAAGAUAGCUCAAAAAUCAAAUAUAUAUAAUGCAAUAAUGAAUAAAUGUACAUGAAAUUAUUAGAUUGUUGUUGUACAGUAAGUUUGUUAAUACAAGUAAUGGAAGCUUAUUUAAGAAAGAGUUGUUAAUCGAUUAUUUAUCUAUAUUUUAUACCAAAAAUGUUGGGUUUAUUUAUACACUUGCAGUUCGCCCCGGCUUCGCCCGUGGUACAUAUAUAGCCAUUGUCACUCAGCGAAGUUGCAGCUUUCUAAUGGUGAAUGAAUUUUUAAAAUCGGUCCAGUAGUUUUUGAGUUUAUCCAUUACAAACAAACAAAAACACAAACUCUUCCUCUUUACAAUAUUAUAUAUAAUAGUGUAGACAAACAUUUGAGCAGUCUAUAGUUUGAUCUCUAGUGGAUAUAAAUGUAAAAAA